UCUAUGGAAUGCUGCAGAUUCAAGAAAGAGAGGCCAAAGACAGGAGGGGGCUGUGCUCCCCACUGGAAGCCAACUGGACACCUGACCCUACCUCCCUUUACAGUGCUCCCCAAAAGGACAUCCUGGCUACCCCUCCGAGCAGAAUGGCUGGGCCCAGUGCCACUCGGGCCAAGAAGAGGAAGCCCAACUUCUGCCCACAGGAAACAGAAGUGCUUGUGUCCAAAGUCACCAAGCACCACCAGCUUCUCUUUGGAACGGGGUUGCUGAAGGCCGAGCCAGCUCGGAAGUACCGAGUCUGGAGCCGCAUCUUGCAGGCAGUGAAUGCCUUGGGUUAUUGUCGUCGGGACAUAGUGGACCUGAAACAUAAAUGGCGGGAUCUGCGGGCUGUGGUGCGGAGGAAGCUGGGGGACCUGCGCAAAUCAUCCCACAGCCCUGGCUCGGGCAAACCUCAGGCCCUGGCACUCACCCCCGUGGAGCAGGUGGUAGCCAAGACCUUCUCCUGCCAAGCUGGACCAGCAGAGGGCUACAGUCUUGAGGCCCUGAGAGCCACCCAGAUCGAUCCCAUCGACCUCCAGGAGCUGUUCCAGGAGACAUCAACAAACGUCUUUCGAAUCAACUCCAAUGUGACCUCCUUGGAAAGGAACCUCCGAUCUCUGGGUACUGCAGGUGACACCCCGGAGCUACGCAAUGGCCUGCACACAUCACAGCAGGAGACCAAUAAAACCAUCUGUGCCAGCGUCAGUACCAUCAAGCAGCUGUCAGAGUUCGUGAGGGGCUCUUCUCAGCAAGAGUGCCUCCAGCUGGACAGACUGAAGAAUCAGCUGUUGGAUGUUCUCCAGCACUAUGGAGCUGUCCAGAAGAAAAUAGCAGAGAUGUCCAAGACCCCACUUCCCCUGGUGGCCACAGCAGGAGCACAGAGGAGCAGAAGGCAGCAGCAGCAGCAGAGUUCCAGAACCCCAUUUGCAGACCUGGCUGAUGAGAAGAUCUUUAAUGGGGGUGACAAUAUGUGGCAGAGCCAGGAUCAGGCCCUGCUCCCAGAGGUCACGGAUGAGGACCUGGAUACCCUCAGGCAUCGGGAGGAAGCAGCUCAGCAGAAUGAGAGUGACAUCCUGGAUGUGAACCAGAUCAUCAAGGACCUGACUUCUCUGGUGCCCGAGCAAGGAGAUGUGCUUGGAUCCAAUGUCAACGUGUUAACGUGCAAGAGGAGCCCCAGUCCAGACCCUGCAGUGGCCACCCCUUCGUCAGGGGAUGGGCCUGGUUCUACACCCCCACAGCCAGGCCCUCACUCACGCACCAAGACCCGAAAACCCAACUUUAGUCCGCAAGAAACAGAGGUACUAGUGCAGAAGGUCACACGACAUUACCAGCUGCUCUUUGGGGCCCUCCGAGGCACACCAGCCAAGAAACACCGUGUAUGGAACAAAAUCCUACAAGCUGUCAAUGCUCUAGGAUACUGCCGGCGGGACAUGGGUGACCUGAAACACAAGUGGCGGGACCUUCGGGGUGUCGUGAGGAAAAAGCUUGGAGAACAGCAGAGAGCCACAGUUGAGGGUGGGCAGGCCCAGGCCCUAGUCCUCACCCCAGUGGAGCGCAUGGUAGCUGAGACCUUCUCUGCCCAUAACAUCCAAGGUGAAAGCCAAGGAGCCGAGUCCUUGCCAACUGAUGAAGAGGAGGAAGUGCCCAGCUGCCUCUGGAUGCCCUUGAGGAAUUUGGACACACCAGGUCUGGCAGAACCUGACCCCCUGGACCUCCGUGGUGUCUUACACACCUCAGCCUCCUCCCCGUCUCCUCCCACCUCCCCUGGUGCAGCCCCUCUGGGGACCAACUAUGGCAGCGGAGGCUGGAGGCCUGCCCUUCAGGCUUCAGCACUGCUGGCACCACCCACCAGCAAACCCAAAGCUGAAAUCUCCGAGUUCGAGCAGCAGCUGAUGGACGCCCAUCUCCAGCAGGGAGCCCUCCUCUCCUCCUGGUACCAGCAACAGAGCUCCCUGAUGACUCAACAGAACCUGCUGUUGGAGCGUCUGGCAGAGCAGAGUCAGCGGCUGGCUGAUGGUGUUGAGGCCCUCAAUCGGACCCUUGAAAAGCUUGUGGAGGCACGUCCGCUCACUCAUAAGGCCUCCCACCUCAUCCAGGACAGCCCCUUGGCCACUGGUAGUGGCCGUGCACCCUCUCGAGUCCCAGUGGGGGACUCUGGUGGCCCCUCCUCUGGUCUUGAUGUCUUCUCAGGGAUGAUCUUGAAAGUGGAGGAGGAAAUUUAGGACAAGUAACUGACUGGCAAGGAACUAGCCUUCAGAGAGCCACAGGAAAAGCUGGUUUUUUCUGGAAUGAUCUUGAAAGUUCAGAAGGAAAUCUAAGAAAAGGAUUCAUUGUCCUCUUCUACUGUCCUGAUUGGUCCAAGUCGGGCAGGGUGAAUAAGGUUGGGGAGUCUGGGAUAGGGAAGCCAGGAACCAGCCUAGGAGGAGCUGGCAAAAAAAAGGACCUUCUCAGGGUCAAAAAAUGACCGAAGAUCUCUUAGGGAAGAGCUUGCCUGCCCAUUGUCCCAGGUCCCAUUCCUGUGUUUCUAAUGGGGGUAAUAGAGAUGGGGUGGAGUAGGGAAUCAGCCUAAAGAGAGCUGUGCAGAGGGAUGAAGGUCACAGCAGAAAGCUAGGUCCAGGGCUCCUGUUUCCUUGUCAUUCUAAGGUGAGCAGAUCAUACAGGGAAGCAAACCCCAGAGAAUAAACGAGAAAAAGCAUGAGAGAAGAAGCACACUGGUAAUGCCAGGGAAGGAAUCUCCCCCUGGGAAAUCAGGGAGCCAGUUAGGUUGGUGCCUAUAAUGUCUGAGCCCUGAGUCUGGGGUUCUAACUGAUCAGUUCUGAAAAUACUCCUUGGCAUUCUGCUGUACUCACUCAAGGCAGCAGUGGAAGUCACUCUGGACAGAAGUUGUGGGCAGCUCCUCCCCAUCUCAGGCCUAUUACCCACCUCACUCUGGGCUCCUUCCUCCCCUAGGUUCUGACCAGAACAGAAGAGAUUCCAGCAUCCCAGAAGAAUUUCUGUUUCUAAGUCUGUUUUUAUAUCUCCAUUUUAAACACAGCUAAUACUACAUCUGGUCCUUGGUGCUGCCUAUAGGGAUUGGGAACUGCUUUAUACCUCUUGGUUUUUAUUGUGAAAGAUAUUUUUCUUACAUAAGCACAAAACAUUUUUUUUUUUAAAAAU